CUGUCUUCUUAACAAAUUUGUUUUGUAACUGUAACUAGUGUACGUCAAUGGUCCCCGGUAACCUUGGGGUAUUAGGUCAAAAAGGUUAAAUUAUUUCACUUAUAUAAAACCAUCAGUUGAGACUUUUUGAAAAGAAUUACUGAAGAUUUUCGAAAUGUCUUGGUUUUCUGACGUACAAUUGGGGCCACCAAUUGAGGUGUUCGCUUUAACAAAAGCAUUCAAUGAAGAUACCUAUGAUUUAAAAGUUAAUUUGGGGGUUGGAGCAUAUCGAACCAAUGAGGGAAAACCAUGGGUAUUACCGGUUGUACGGGCAGCAGAAAAGGCAUUGGCAAAUGACGAAACUUUAAACAAGGAGUAUCUUCCAGUGCUAGGUUUGGAUGCUUUAAGUAAUGCUGCUACUACGAUGCUCUUGGGCGAAAGCAGCCCAGCCCUACUUGAGGCACGGGCCUUUGGAGUACAAGCAUUGUCUGGCACUGGUGCAUUAAGGGUAGGGGCUGAAUUUUUAGCGCGAGUUUUAGGAAGAAAAGUAUUCUAUUACAGUAAUCCAACAUGGGGUAACCAUAAGUUGAUCUUUAAAAAUGCUGGAUUCGCGGAGGGCAGGGAGUACCGUUACUGGUCGCAGGAGAAGCGUGGACUUGACUUUGAAGGUUUCAUCGAUGACUUAAAGAAUGCUCCCGAGCUUUCUGUUAUUAUCCUUCACGCAUGUGCCCACAAUCCGACGGGAUGCGAUCCUACGCCCGAUCAGUGGAGCCAAAUCGCCGAAGUUAUCAAACAGAGGAAACUGUUCCCCUUCUUCGAUUCCGCCUACCAAGGAUUCGCAUCGGGAGAUCUGAUACAAGACGCCGCAACGGUUAGGUUUUUCGUAGAGCAAGGUUUUGAGUUGUUUUGUGCACAGUCCUUUGCUAAAAACUUCGGGUUGUACAACGAACGUGUGGGUAACUUAAGCGUUGUUUUGAACAAGGCGGAAUUGGGGCCUGCCGUUAAAUCCCAGUUAACUCUGAUAGUAAGAGGUAUGUACUCCAACCCGCCGAGUCACGGAGCAAGAAUCGUUACUUACGUAUUAUCUAACCAGGACUUAUAUGCCCAAUGGAAAGAUAACAUUAAAACUAUGUCGUCGAGGAUCAUUGAAAUGAGACGGUUGUUGAGAGAGGCCUUAGAGCAUUUAGGCACUCCUGGGGACUGGAGCCACAUCACCAACCAAAUCGGCAUGUUCUCUUACACAGGCUUGAACGAGGCUCAGUCCAUAAAUAUGGUCAGGAAAUACCAUAUUUACAUGCUAAAGUCAGGCCGUAUAAGCAUGUGUGGCGUUACUCCAUCAAACGUGGAUUAUGUUGCGCAAGCUAUCUAUGAAACUGUCACUUCUAUAGUAAACUAAUAAAGUCUAUGUAUAUAGAAGAAUUCAGUUGUAUUAUGUUUGUAUGGAAAAUGUACCUGUACAUACUAACAAUUUUUUUCGCACUGAUUUCGUGUCAAACUGAUUGUAAGAGUAUAUGUUGUAGAACAAAAUUUCUUGCAGUAGGUUUACUUAGAUUUAGACAUGCCGACUAACUAUAAACUUGCGAAAAUUGUGAUAAUCUUCAUACAUUUAUACUCUCGAAGAAAAAUAAGGUUUAACCAUGUAUUAAUUGAUAUUCAAAAUAUACAAACUAUAAAUAAGAA